GUUGCUUUCUGUGCCAUUCAUUUGGAGCGCAGCCGCUCAUAACGUGCACCGGCGCAUUGAUGAGAGAAGAGCUCUUUUACAGUCCACCGCUCAUCCAGAGGACAGAGGUAAGUGGACAGUCAAUCCACCGGGUUCACCCACACACCCAGACCAGAUUCAGACGGGACAAGUGAAGCCUAUUGGACGCACAGACGCGCACCAGCACCAGCGCACGGACCUGCAGACUUGGACCUGACAGUUCGCCUCAAUACGCAAACUACCUGCAGCAUAACAUGGAGCGCAAAAUCCCUGAUUUCGCCGGACGCUGGGAGAUGAAGAGCUCUGAGAACUUCGAGGAACUCUUGAAAGCGUUGAAUGUGAAUGUGAUGCUGCGUAAGAUCGCGGUGAAGGCAGCCUCCAAGCCACAGGUGGAGAUCACACAGGAUGGAGAGACUCUGUCGAUCAUAACCUCAACCACAGUCCGCACCACCCACAUCACCUUCACCGUGGGACAGGAGUUCAACGAGUGCACGGUGGACGGACGCCCCUGCACGAGUUUGCCUCGUUGGGAAACAGACAGUAAGAUCAGCUGUGACCAGACUCUGCAGAAAGGAGAGGGGCCUAAGACAUCCUGGACCCGAGAGAUCACCAAUGACGGAAAACUGAUCCUGACCAUGAGAGCUGAUGAUGUGAUUUGCACCAGAUUCUACGAGCGACAAUGAACACGAGCACUUUUCGUCCUUCCCUCUCUCCUGCAUCACCACUUGGGUCACCCACCCCUCCGCUUUGUCGAGGUGGCGAUGGCAGAUCUAGUCCGUAGUUUAAUUCCAGUAUCUCUGUUAGCUUCACGACAUUAAGUUUGGUAAUUGUAUCUAGUAUGUCACAGAUCUAGAACAGUCUUAGCUUCUGACUUAUCCGUCUUUCCAGCUCCAUCGCACGUAACCCGCUGGGUUUUAUACACAAAAAUGUUGAUUGUAUGCUUGAUUUGAUCAGUGAAAGCUCAUGUAUUUGGCAUCAUGUGUGUGUGUGUGUGUGUGUGUGUGUGUGUGUGUGUGUGUGUGUGUGUAUCAGCAGAAGAGGUGCGAGACUAUAUUUGUAGAAGUGUAAACCAAUCUAUGAGCUCUUGCAGUUUCAGGUCAGUUUCGAUGAGUCCCUCCUCUCUGCUCCUUCAGCCCUGUCCAACAACUCUAACCUUUUUCUCAUGAUGACAUUUUAUAUUUAUUACUACACUAGAGGCGGAUACAGUACUACUACGGUUUUUACUUUGUGUGUCUUUUAUAUGAAAUGUGAUCAUUGGAAACUUUCUAUGGGAGAACAAUAAAGCACGAUAUUAACUCAG